AUGGAGGCUGUAGCCGCUCUCAGUCUCGCAUGCAAUAUCAUUCAAGUGGUAGACUCAUCUUUCAAGGCUGUAGAGACGUGCAUUCAGAUUUACAAACAUGGAACUACCAUUGAUAUCGAGCAUCUCAGUUAUACGAGUGAUCAACUGUCUCAAAGCUCUGAAGCGCUUGACAAGGCUCAGUCUGUCCAGGCGAGAGCACAGCUGUCCAAAAACGAUGCCGACCUAAUCGAGCUUGGCAAAAAGGUCCAUGAUGCAGCAGAGUCUCUGAGCAAGGAGCUCAACUCUCUCAAAAGUGCUCCCGGGGCGGGCCGGAGAGCCGCUCUUGUCAAGACUAUAGCCUUGAAAUGGCGAGCGUCACGUAUCGAAGAGCUAAAGAGGCGGCUCGAGGGACUGGUCCAGGUUCUGGAUAAUAAGAUCCUUGUUCAACUGAGCGAGAAAUUGAGCGUCACCAUCCGAAACCAGGGAGAUAUCCCGAAGAUGUUAGACGAAAGACAAGAGGAAAUUGCUCGGAAGAUCGCAGAGGGUACCACGAAUGUGGCACAGCUGGUCUCUUUGAUGAGCGAUCAAGCAAGAGCUCACGUCACGCAGGAGCAUAUUGACACCAGAAACCGCAUUGACACAAUUGACAAGAAGAUCGACAAGCUCGUGGAUGUUCAACAUCAAAAGGCCGAAUUUGACAAGUUCAAGCAAAGCCUCCAUUUUCCGGAGAUCAAUUUGAGACAAGACAAGAUCGAAGAGGCUCAUGAGAAGACCUUUGAAUGGAUAUUUGAGAAGCAGGACACAUCUCAACGUUGGCACAAUUUUCCCGAUUGGUUACAGAAUGAUCAACCGUUAUACUGGAUCCUCGGAAAGCCGGGCUCAGGCAAAUCUACUUUGAUGAACUUUCUCGUGCAUGACCGAAGGACAUUGGAAGGACUGGAAUCCUCAGGACAGCCAGUGACCAUACUGUCUUUCUUCUUCUGGGAAGCCGGUGUCGAACUGCAGAAAAGCCGCGUCGGUCUUCUACGCUCCUUGAUAUAUCAACUCCUCGAGGAUAUCGAUCAGUCCAAGGCGCUCCAGGUCUGGUCCGAUGUUAUCCAACCUCACAUCCCAGCGCUACCGGUCAUAUGGACCAACAAGCAGUUACUUCACCUCCUACAAUUGAUCGUGCAUGCCGUGGACCAACGGUUCUGUUUCUUCCUGGACGGACUUGACGAAUUCCAAGAUGAUGUGGAUGGAACCGAGGCCAUUAGGUCUUUACAAGACGUAUUGAAUGGUCAGAAUCGCAUAAAGAUGUGCAUAUCCAGUCGACCCCAGAUCAACCUUAGAGAGUUGUAUCAGGGCUGUCCUAACCUUGUGAUGCAAAAUCUGACGAAGGCGGAUAUUAGACGCUAUGUUGAAGACAAAUUACUCAGGAAUCCCUUGACGGUUCAGCUCGGUGACGAACAUUCGACGCAGGUAUCUCGACUUUUGAACGAUGUCGGUGUCAAAGCCGAAGGGGUGUUCCUCUGGGUCACCCUAGCUGUCCAAUCGUUGUUACGUGGAAUCAAGAACGAGGACCGCUGGGAUACCUUACGGGAACGUCUUGACCAGCUGCCGUCUGGGAUCUUUGACCUCUACACACACAUGUGGAGAAGAAUGGCGGACGAUUAUCCCAUAUAUGCCCAGGAAGCUGCACUUUAUCUCAGAAUCAUCCAGCAAUUUGGACCAAAAAGCCUGGUCCGAAUGGCCAUCAUGGUUGACGACGAUCUACAUGCAAGUUUCUCAAAACCAGCAGCCUCUUGGAGGAUUGAGCAACUUGAGCUAAAAGUGAAUUACGAAAAAACGGAGAAAAGAAUUGCAGCAUGUUGUGCUGGAUUUUUAGAGGUUAUGCGACUCCCUUCUUACCCGAGGUUGGAUGAGCAUAUCAAAGCAGCCAAAGAAAGGCUGGAACACCGCACCCCUAAGAUACAGCCUGAUAUCAUUGAACGCUGGUUGGACCAGGGGCUCGCAAAUCAGACAAUAUUCGUGGACUUUGUGCACCGGACGGCUGCAGAAUUUCUCAACACCUCCGCAGGCCAAGAAUUGCUGCGCGCUCGGCUGUGUACGGAAGAAGAGCUUGUCAUGCAGUUCCUCAGAUCAGAUCUCAUCUUAAGUUUUCUUGCUCCUCAAGGACCGACUUUCGAUGAAAGUGCUUGGAUGUUGUUCCCAGCUCUGUCGCAAAUGGAGCCGGAUACAAUCACCCAAUACUGUUCAGAGCUGGAAGCCAUCUGCAGGCAACUCUUCGCCUGGGGUCUGUGGGAUAUGCAUGAACUGGACCCAAGACUUCUUAUGCGAGGGAGGCUCGGCGAGGUAGACUACAUCAAGCUCUUCUUUAACUUUUGUCAUCCGCAGUACGUGAUGAACAAGCUGAAUGAAGACGGCCUCGCGAAUGACCGGGAUUACAUCAACGAGUUGCUUGUUUGGUGGGCUUAUGGUCAACUUAGCAGAUUUAAUGUUAUUCAGAUCGGCCUGCUGCUGAUUCAGCUGGGGGCUGACCCCAACCAGAUCCUCCAUCCAAAAGCCGGUCUUAACUCCCUGACGAUCUGGACAGCAGUCAUAACUGGGGUAUCGUUCCGGCAGGGCAAUGACUUUAGAUCCCUGGUGCCGCAAUUGCUUGAAGCCGGGGCUGAUCCAAAGAGCGGCCUCACCUGUUGCUUCGAAUGGGGACAGGGAAAGUCAUACUGUCAAGAAUGCCUAGAACCGAGCAUAUCAAAUGCUUUCAUUUUGUGCAAAUGGAGCGUUUUGGACAUGGUCACAGAGUUUGCUGAUGAGCCUGCAAAUGUCAUUGAAAGCACAUGGCUCAACUCAGGCGCAGUAAGCACACAGAAACAAAUUCUCUGGUUCCAGCCGCCGAUAUCGUGGCGCAUAUCUCCUAACAAAGUUUUGAAAGGUCGAAUACACCUGUUUUACAGUGGGCAUGGAGAUCCCCCCGAGCUCCUGUUUGAUCUAAAUGAUCACACUCUGGAUGAUCUUAGAGAACUAUACAAAGGCGAAUUUCGUGCCUUCAGCAAUGGCCUCGAUGCAAUUCAUGCAGCUGGAUGGACGGACGAGGAGAUCCGCACAACUCCUGGCCUGGAAAGGCUGUGGGAAGAAUUGCAAGAAGCCGAUCACAAAGGUCAAGAGGGUCAUACGGAGAUUCCGGUGCGGGAAAGCAACAUCGAGAAUGCGUAG